AUGCAUCUGAUUGAGUUAGAAUUCGCUGGAGCGACUCACACGUGGGCUCGGGGUCAUACGCCUGACACUCGCCAAAGUGCGCGACUCGAUCGUGCGUUAUGCAAUGGAGUCUGGAGCCUCAGAUUUCAAAGUGCCAGAGUUCGUCACUUACCAGCAGUGGCCUCGGACCAUUGUCCUCUUCUUAUAUCCCCUAAUGGUUUUACUCCACUGCAUGAAAAUAAUCUCCCCUUUCGUUUUCAGGUUGCAUGGCUCCUACAUGAGCAUUUUCAGGAGUUUAUCCAAGGGAUCCAGAAAGUUCUUGCUCUCAAUCCUCACAGGGGUUUGAUUAAACUCGAAUCAAAAUUAAGACAUGAGUUAGAUGACAUUCUUGCUCAGGAAGAGAUGCAUUGGUAUCAAAAGGCUAGACUCGACUGGAUUGAAUAUGGUGACAAGAACACUACUUUCUUUCAUUUGAGUACAGUUCUUAAACAAUGGAAAAACAAAAUUGUAGCCAUUCGUGGACCUGAGGGUGAAUUGUUGCGUGACAAGGAGCUGGUCAAAGAGAGGAUUGUGGACUAUUUUGCUUUACUAUUCACCGAGGAUGGUGUUGAUGAAGAGUUUGAUAUCCCAACUGGUAUCUUCCCUGAGUUACCUCCCAGGGAAUGGAAUGCGCUUAAUCUCCCUUUCACAAAACCAGAAAUUGACGAAGUCGUGCAGAAUAUGGGUUCUCUUAAAGCUCCGGGGUCCGAUGGAUUUCAACCGCUUUUUUACCAAAAGAAUUGGGAGUUGGUUAAGAAUAACGUAUAUGACUUAGCUUUUCAUGUUUUGGAAGUUGUUCUUCUUCUCUUCAAUGUUACCAAGCUCGAAGUUCAGGGUUGA